GAAACGAAACUUAAUUCUGUCUCUGCCAGUGUGAGCAGUAAAAUGGCUGAAGGUGGAGGUUUACUGGAUCAGGACCAGUUCAGCUGUGCGAUUUGUCUGGAUCUACUGAAGGAUUCAGUGGCUGUUCCCUGUGGACACAGUUUCUGCAUGGGCUGUAUUAAGCGCUACUGGGAUCAGGAUGAUCAUACUGGUAUCUACAGCUGUCCCCAAUGCAGACAGACCUUCACUCCAAGGCCUGUUCUGGGCAGAAACACCAUGCUGGCUGAAGUGGUGGAGAAACUGAAGAAGACUGGACUCCAAGCUGCUCCUCCUGCUCACUGUUACGCUGGACCUGGAGACGUGGCGUGUGAUUUCUGCACUGGGAGAAAGCGCAAAGCCGUCAAGUCCUGUCUGGUGUGUCUGGCCUCUUACUGUGAAACUCACCUCCAGCCUCACUAUGAAUCUCCGGCCUUUAAGAAGCACAAACUGGUCAAAGCCACCGGAAACCUGCAGGAGAAGAUCUGCUCUCAUCAUGACAAACUGCUGGAGGUUUACUGUCUUACCGAUCAUCAGUGUAUCUGUUAUCUGUGUACGAUGGAUGAACACAGUGGGCAUAAAACAGUCUCAGCUGCAGCAGAAAGGACUGAGAAACAAAGGCAACUGGAGGAGACACAGAAUAAAUUCCAGCAGAGAAUCCUGGAGGGAGAGAAAGAGCUGCAGGAUCUGAGACAGGUUGUGCAGUCACUCAAGCGCUCUGCACAGGCAGCAGUGGAGGACAGUGAGAGGAUCUUUACUGAGCUGAUCCGCUCCAUUGAGAGAAGGCGCUCUGAGGUGAGAGAGUUGAUCAGAGAUCAGGAGAAGGCUGCAGUGAGUCGGGCUGAAAGACUCCUGGAGCGACUGGAGCAGGAGAUUGCUGAGCUGAGGAGGAGAGAUGCUGAGCUGGAGCAGCUUUCACACACAGAGGAUCACAUCCAUUUCCUCCAGAGCUGUCAGUCUCUAUGUGCCCCUCCUGGACCUGGAGACUUUCUCAGCAUCACUGUCAGUCCACACGACUCUUUUGAGGCUGUGAGGAAAUCUGUCUCUGAACUGAAUGACCGACUGGAGGAUGUUUUCAAGGUGGAGUUGGACAAAGUUUCUGGAAGAGUAGGGGAGGUCCAUAUUCUAGAGCCCAAGACCAGAGAGGACUUCUUACAACGUACUCCAGUUUCCUCCCACAGUCCAAAGACAUGCAGAUUCCUGUCAGCUCACACUGGACACCAACACAGCACAUCAAUGCCUCCGUCUGUCUGAGGAGAACAGAGAGGUGACCCGUGUGAGAAAGAUCCAGUCAUAUCCUGAUCAUCCAGAGAGAUUUGAGUACUGGGCCCAAGUGCUGUGCAGAGAGGGUCUGUCUGGAUGCUGUUACUGGGAGGCUGAGUGGAGUGG